AUGGCAGCCGGGCCAUUAACAACAACAUUCACCCCUUCAUCAGGAUGUGUCACCAGUCAAAUGAGCACUCUGAUCUACUAUGGUAGUUCGGAAGCUGAAUUCGGUUCCCUCCUUUCUUACCAUUGGGAUACAACGGCGUGUUUUCCGGAGAGCUGGAGUCCAGCCAGUUAUUUCUCACCUGGCUUGGAUUGUCCAAAAGGCUACACAACCGACCCUGCCCAAGUGCAGACUGUUAUCCAAGGAAAUGUUACUGAAACUCAUGCGACAUGCUGCCCGAGUGGAUGGGAACUCAAUACGAACGGACUAUUAAACUAUUAUCUAGCCACACAACCAUGCAUUUCAACAGAAACCGGCACAAACACAAUAAACUCUACCGAAUUUGCAGCCUACGCUGUAACAAUGUACUGGCAAGCCAGUGAUCUCCCCGCCUCAACAAUCGCAACAACUACAGACUUGGACUCAACCAUCAGUCCCACCGCAUCUUCCACAACACCAACAAAUACAUCUUCUUCCUCGAAUUCUUCAAAUAGUCACUCAUCAGGACUAUCAGAUGGUGCCAAAGCUGGUAUCGGAGUAGGUGUCUCCGUCGGUGCGAUCGCUAUCCUCGCUGCAAUUUGGGCAAUAUUCUUCCGACGACGCUCAAAGUCAGAUUCCGACAUGAACGCGACUUCCACGGCGGAACUUCCGAAUGAUCAGGCGCCUAUGGAUGCUUAUAAUGAUUAUCCUAAUGCGGAGUUACCUGGUAAUCCUCAACAUGCUGAAUUGGCAUCGAAUCAGCCUGCGCCGGUAGAACUUCCGGCUGAGACGGUCAUGGUUGAGACGAAGUCAAGUACUGGGAGUAACGCAGAAUGA